CUCCAAUUGCUUUCCGGCUGUGCUGCCCUGCCUUCUUUGCUGCCGUUCGAGACAAUCGACUCGCGACGCUUCUCACCUCAAUCUUUAACUCUAAAUUCACACAACACACGGAUUCCCGACGUCCUAAGCGACGCUUGUCGCAAUGGAUCGUCCAUUGACACCUAAUGGUCGCGGUCCACCGCGAUACAGAGGACCUCCAGCGUAUACUUCAGCGGAUGACGAGGAUGCAAUGCCAAAUCAUCAGCAUGGAGGUUCAACGAUGCGCUUAUUAACGAAUGCGGAGGAGACCUUUAUACCACCAUCACCUUUAUCGCGAUCAUACCACCCGUCGACAAGCUCGCUACCGCUUUCGAGAGCGCCAUCAGUCAUUGAUACUGCGCCAAAUAUUCCACCGCCAGAGAAUGACUCGCCAUCAUACGUCCCAUAUCGUCGACCCGUAUCUCCAGAACGAGCAUCACCAGCGAGACCAUACUCUCCAACAAGGACAUCUGCGGACUACGUGAGGCCCCCAGCGUCAAGUGUAGCGUAUGAGCCAGCAGAUCUAAAUGGAAGCCCAAGGCCAGGAACUCCCUCGUCCAAGUAUGGGGGACGGCCAGGAAGUCCGAAGCGACCGCUACCUCCCGCGCCGUUGUUCGCUGGCGGUAGGCCCAUCUCGCGCGAUUCAAAUGUGACCAUAGAUGCAUCGACAAUACCAAUCACCGAUGACGAUGUCUUCACCGACAUUAAUGAUCGGCCAGAGCUGCAUGCUCGCGACUCGUACAUGACGGAUUCUACAUUUGCGGAUGAAUUCCCUCCAGCGGAUGAUGAGAAGGAGGAACACUAUGGUCCAGCACCAGAGGGCGCGCAGACCCGUCGUGGAGCUCGGUUAGCGGUCAUGUCGAAGAAGGAAGUGCGUCUCAUCAACGGGGAAUUGAUUCUAGAGUGCAAGAUUCCCACCAUCCUGUACAGUUUUCUACCACGCCGCGAUGACAUCGAGUUUACCCAUAUGCGCUAUACCGCUGUGACAUGCGAUCCGGAUGAUUUCGUCGACAGAGGCUACAAACUCCGCCAGAAUAUUGGAAACACGGCCCGGGAAACGGAGCUGUUUAUUUGCAUCACCAUGUACAAUGAGAAUGAAAUUGACUUCACAAGGACGAUGCACGGCGUCAUGCGCAACAUCACGCACUUUUGCUCACGCACACGGUCCCGCACCUGGGGCAAAGACGGGUGGCAGAAGAUCGUCGUGUGCAUCAUUUCUGAUGGUCGACAAAAAGUCCACCCUCGGACUCUUGACGCGCUUGCAGCGAUGGGAUGUUACCAAGACGGCAUUGCGAAGAACCACGUUAAUCAGCGCGAAGUCACGGCUCACGUGUACGAGUACACAACGCAAGUCUCCCUGGACUCCGAUCUCAAGUUCAAGGGCGCUGAGAAGGGCAUUGUCCCUUGUCAAAUGAUCUUCUGUCUCAAAGAGCGCAACCAAAAGAAACUGAAUUCUCAUCGCUGGUUCUUCAAUGCCUUCGGCCGUGCCCUGAAUCCUAAUGUCUGUAUUCUCCUCGAUGUGGGUACAAAACCUGGUCCAAAAGCGCUGUAUCAUCUGUGGAAAGCCUUCGAUACCGACUCUUCUGUCGCAGGCGCUGCUGGCGAAAUCAAAGCUGGGAAGGGGAGAGGAUGGCUGGGCUUACUGAACCCCCUCGUGGCCUCCCAGAACUUUGAGUACAAGAUGAGUAAUAUUCUCGACAAGCCGCUGGAAUCUGUGUUUGGGUAUAUCACGGUGUUGCCUGGCGCUUUGUCCGCGUAUAGGUUUCAUGCGCUGCAGAAUGAUCAUACGGGUCAUGGACCUUUGAGCCAGUACUUCAAGGGCGAGACGUUGCAUGGUCAGGAUGCGGAUGUGUUCACAGCGAAUAUGUAUCUUGCUGAGGAUCGUAUUCUCUGUUGGGAGCUUGUGGCAAAGCGGAGUGAGCAGUGGGUGUUGAAGUAUGUCAAGAGUGCGACCGGCGAGACAGAUGUACCAGACGCCGUCCCCGAAUUCAUAUCUCAACGCCGCCGAUGGCUCAACGGCGCCUUCUUUGCCGCUGUCUACUCUCUCCUCCACUUUCGCCAAGUCUGGGCCACCGACCACACUAUCUGGCGUAAAACCCUCCUCCACAUCGAAUUCGUCUACCAAUUCGUAUCGCUUAUGUUCACCUUCUUCUCGCUCGCAAACUUCUAUCUCACAUUCUACUUCAUCGCGGGUUCACUGGCUGACCCCAAACUCGACCCCUUUGGCCACAACAUUGGAAAAUACAUUUUCUACGUGCUGCGCUAUACAUGCGUUCUGCUCAUCUGCAUGCAGUUUAUCCUCUCAAUGGGAAACCGCCCCCAAGGCGCGAAAAAAAUGUUCCUUACCUCCAUGGUCGUGUACUGUGUCAUCAUGGCAUAUACAACCUUCGCCUCCAUCUACAUCGUCGUAAUCCAACUCCGCGACCCAAAGGCGCCAAAACAUAUCGGUAACAACGUAUUCACCAAUCUCAUCGUAUCAACCGCCACAACCAUCGGCCUGUAUUUCCUCAUGAGCUUCCUGUAUCUAGAUCCCUGGCACAUGUUCACCUCCUCUGCGCAGUAUUUCGCCCUCCUCCCCUCAUACAUCUGCACACUCCAAGUCUACGCUUUCUGUAAUACGCAUGAUAUUACGUGGGGCACGAAGGGCGAUAAUAUCGCGAAAACGGAUCUUGGGGAUGCUAGAGCGAAGAAAGCGGGUGGUGGGGUUGUCGAGCUAGAGAUGCCGAGCGAGCAACUGGACAUCGAUUCCGGGUAUGACGAAGCGCUAAGGAAUCUCCGCGAUCGCGUGGAAGUCCCCAUUCCAGGGACGUCGGAGGCCCAAGCCCAGGAGGAUUAUUACCGUGCGGUGCGGACGUAUAUGGUUGUUGUGUGGCUAAUAUCUAAUGCUAUCCUCGCGAUGGCGGUCAGUGAAGCGUACUCCGGCUCCUCAGUCAAUGAUAACUUUUAUCUAAAGUUUAUCCUGUGGGCAGUUGCGGGACUGGCGUUUUUCCGCGCGUGCGGGAGCAGUGCAUUUGGCAUUAUCAAUGUGGUGAAUAGCGCCGCCGAGGCAAGGCUGAAGUGGCAAGAUAAGAUGAAUAGUAAAACGGGACUGGGAGGUGGGAGGGGGAAGAAGUUUGGUGGGGGUUGGGGAGGCGGAGGCGCGAGUUGGUGGAGCGGGAGUGGGAGCUGGAUGAGUAGUAAGGUUAGUAGUUGGGCGCCGAGUUCGUGGAGUGGGAGUAGGAGAGGUUGAGGAAUUGUUCGGGAGAUUGGAAUGGUUGUGAAGUCGACUUGGGAAUGGAUUUGAUAGGGUGUAUCAUGAAGUGUAAUGAUUCAUGGCUUGUGGUAUUGGCGUUGAGGGGCUGCUUAGAUACCUGUUUGUGCUAGGUAGGUAUUCGGGCGGCAAUGAAAAGGUCUUCUCU